CCUCAACUCUUAGCAGCAGCAGCAGAAGCAGUGGGGAUCUAGACUUGCCGACUGAUUUCAGCUUGCGCGCGCUUUGCAAGAUAAGGAAAUAUGAAUAGUUCAACGACCAAGACGUAUGGCGUUACGCCGCCGAUUUCGACGGCCGCGCCAACAGAGCACGAAAUCGCAAUGAAUGAGAAGCUGAUCGAAGAGCUGAAGCGGGAAGGAUCCUUUGAAUCAGAAGCCGAGUCCCAAAAGAGAGUGCAAGUUCUUGGGAAGCUACAGUCGCUUACGGAAGAGUUUGUCAAAACCGUUAGCAUGCAGAAAGGAAUGUCUGAAGGAAUGGCCGCUGACGCCGGCGGGAAGAUCUUUACUUUUGGAUCCUACCGUUUGGGUGUGUACGGCCCCGGUUCGGAUAUCGAUACUCUGAUUGUCGUUCCGAAGCAUGUAACGCGCGAGAACUUCUUUGAUGUCUUUCAGAAGCUUCUGCGCAAGUGUCCCGAGCUUGACGAGAUCGCCGCGGUUCCUGAUGCGUUUGUGCCGAUUAUCAAGAUCAAGUUCUCUGGCAUCUCUGUCGAUUUAAUCUGUGCGAAACUGGAUAUUCCUCAAGUUCCGCUUUCGCUGACGCUGGAUGACAAAAACUUGCUUCGCAAUUUGGAUGAGAAGGAUCUGCGCGCGUUGAAUGGUACCCGAGUCACUGACGAGAUCCUGAAUCUUGUUCCGCAGACAAUUGUGUUCAAACACGCUUUGCGCGCAAUCAAACUAUGGGCCAAGCGUCGCGCGAUCUACUCAAACGUCAUGGGCUUCCCCGGUGGCGUGGCAUGGGCGAUGCUGGUCGCGCGCAUCUGCCAGCUAUACCCGAACGCGAUCUCGGCGACGAUUAUCAGCAAGUUCUUCCACAUCCUCACAAAAUGGAGCUGGCCGCAGCCCGUGAUGCUCAAGCCGAUCGAAGACGGGCCGUUGCAGGUCCGCGUCUGGAAUCCGCGGCUGUAUCCGCCUGAUCGUGGACAUCGGAUGCCGAUCAUCACGCCUGCGUAUCCGUCGAUGUGUGCGACGCAUAACAUUUCGGCGUCGACGCAGAAGGUAAUUAUGGGCGAGCUUUCGAGAGGAGCGGUUCUUAUGGAUGAUAUCAUGAUGGGCAAGAAGACGUGGACAGACUUAUUUGCCAAGCACGAUUUUUUCUUCAGAUAUAAAUAUUAUCUCGCUGUGUACGCUUCGUCUCGAGGAACGGCCGAGCAGCAGCUGAAAUGGUCGGGAAUGGUGGAGAGUAAGAUCCGUUUACUAGUAAACAAGCUAGAGUGGAUCGACAGUAUAGAGCUGGCGCACCCGUUUGUCAAGGAGUUUGACAAGAUCCACUACUGUGCAGACGACGAAGAAGCCAAGCGCGUCGCGGACGGCGAGCAGAUGGAGGGGGCAACCACUGUCGAAGCAGAUCUGGAGAAGGCCGCUAAAGAUGAGGAGACGAAGGGCGAUGGCGAAAAGACCGAAGCUGACGCCGCGAGCAAGGAUGAGGCGGAAGAAAAGAAGAAGAUUGUGGUGUAUACUACGACCUUUUUUAUUGGGUUGGAGAUCAAGCUGGAUCCCAAAAACAAGCAGCUUGAUAUCCAGUGGCCAUGCAAGGAGUUUUACGACACGUGCCGGUCGUGGCCUGAGUAUGACGAAGAUAUCAACUGCAUCUGCGUACGGAACAUUCGAAAGUAAGUAUAGUUCCGCAAAACAAACAAAAGGACUACGAUUGACGUUGGUUUUAGUUUCAACCUUCCCGACUACGUGUUUGAAAAGGGCGAAACCCGGCCUGUCAAGCAGCCAAAGAAAGCAAAGCGAAAACUCGGUGAUUCAGAG